AUCGUCCAACCCCACCCAGGCUGACAGUGACGCCCUCCAGCAUCACCGUGGAAGGGCAGCCCCUGGUCUUCUCCUGCCAGGCGCCGCCCGGCGAUGCCGAGAGGAGAUUUGGGAUCUUCCAGGAGGACCUGGAGGUCACCGCUGGGAUCUGGGAAGGUUCUGGAAGUUCUGGUGUCCGGCUGAGGGUGGAGAAGAGCGGCCAGAACCAGACGGGGAACUUCAGCUGCCGCUACGAGGAGAUGACCGAGGGCCGGUGGAUCGCGUCCUACCCCAGCGACGCCGUCCAGGUCAUCGUCAAAGAUCCGUGUCCUCCUCCCGUCCUGUCCGUGGAGCCGCUCUCGGGCGUGGUGGCCACCGGCCACCGGCUGCGCCUGACCUGCGCCGCGCCCCGCAACGACUUCCGGCGCCGCUUCCGCUUCUUCCGCGACGGCGCCGAGGUGACGCCGGGCGCCGGUGACGUCAUCGGUGACGUCAUCGGCGGGGACGGCUCCGAGCUGCUUUUCCCGCGGAUUUCCCGGGNGGGUUUUUGGGGUUUUUUUUGGGGGGGGUUUCUCACCCUCAGCUCAGUUCGAGCUCCUCCCAUUGGUCGUCGGCACCUCAGUGGGCGUGGCCUCGCUGCUCCUCGGGCUCCUAUUGGCUGCUUGUCUGUGCCGGAAGAGGCGGGGAGGUUCUCGGUGGCGGGGGCUGAGCCCGGGGGAAGACACCGGAACUUUCUCCAUGGGGGACCUGGAGGCGGCUUCCUGAGACAGGCCACGCCCACAAAGAUGGCGGACAACGCACAGGCCACGCCCACCAAGAUGGCCGGCAAGGCGCAGACCACGCCCCCGGAAUGAUGCUGAGACCACGCCCCCCAAGAUGGCCACCGGCUCCAAAGCCACGCCCCCAAGAUGGCCGCUGAAAUAAAGGCCGCAUCCCCCAAGAUGGCUGCCAGCUUAAAGCCACGCCCCCAAAAUGGCCGCCAGGUCAAAGGCCACGCCCCCAAGAUGGCCACCGAAAUAAAGGCCACGCCCCAAAAUGGCCACUGGUGCUGAGGCCACGCCCCCAAGAUGGCGGCGGUAGGCGGGGCCAGGUCGAGGCGGCCAAUGGGGAUUGGUGGAUCUGA